AUUCCCCCUCCUUGCCCUUCAACAACUUUCGAACUAAACAAUAUUUAUAAUGAAGGAAAUGAACUUGAAUUUCAAAAAAAGAUUGAUGUUACACAAUUAACAGAUGAAACGACUGAUAUUCCAGAAUUAACUGAGAAAAAGCAAAUAGUUGAAAAUAGUAUUAAAAGUGUAGAAGCGUCACCGUCUAGGGCGUGUCACCAAAAAAGACCAACUGCCCUUGAAGGUUUAAGUGGUAAUAUUUCUACCUCCUUUGAAAGUGGAGGAGGUGUUUGUCACAGUUCCAGCGCUAGUACUCGCUCCUCUAGUUUUGAUUUACGUAGUCCAACAACCCUUAAUACAAGAAAAAUUACUUCUAAAAUCAUCCCUAAAGUAAAUCAACAGCCAAAAGAAAACAGGAGAACGGAAUUUAGAGUUAACAAUGUUAGUGGAAAACGACCAAAUAGAUUACCGGUUCUUAACCAUAAUCAACAACACCAUUCAAAUUCAUUUAGUUGUCACAAUGGAGAAAAACCUAGUGAUUUUACUCAAAAACAAUUAUUCCGUCGAGGAAGUUCUUUAAACGACGUUUCUGAUCCUAUCAAUAGCAAUAACUAUAACAAUAUGCCUACUAGUUCAUCAACUACAUUGAAGAAUCGCUCAAAAAGUCAAGCUCAGAAGGGCCGCGCUUCAAAAUUCUCUACCUCUUCAGCAAGUAAUUUAUCAAAUUAUUCUAAUUCUAUUUAUGACAGUUAUUGGAAACAAUCGUCAAAAAUCGGAAUCUGAUUCGGAUGACGAACUUGAUGAAUUCUUGCAGCAAGAUCCAAAGAUUCGUGCUAAGGUUUUGAAGCGAACAAAUGACAUAAAGGCCUCUCUCUCUCGAUCAAAUGGUGUAGAUGGAAAUACCCUGGAGUUUCUUGUGAAAGAAACUUUUCGUGUAGAUGAUCCACUCGCGUUUGCUUUUCUACUUGAUCAAUAUAUGGAACGGAAACGCUUCAGCAUGACAUUAAACGAGAUCUUUUUGUCGCGUGUAGAUUCUCUUCUCGUUCACAAGAAUAAAGAAUGCGUCCAAUUAGGACUUAACUUUCUCAAUAUGGUCACUUCACGAUUUGGCAAUGCAAUUGUUCACGGUCUUGCAUCACAGGAAUUUACUAUUGGAGUUGAUGUGGAGGCUGAAAAACGAUUUGAGCGUUGUACAGCUUGUAGAAAUGCACUUUUUCAUAUUCAACUAAAAACUUCUUUCUACACUGGCCAAAUGAAUUCAACGCAACUUUGCUUAUUCAAGAAUGAGAUUUUGCCUAUAAUUGAUCAGAUUGUCAGCACUGCUAAGUUUCCAGAAGUCCAUCCUCUCAAUCUUCCUUAA